AUGGCACUGAUGGAAGAAGAAAGUACUGUUGAUAUUGUAAUUGCACUGCAAACAGCGAUUUCGCAGCUGAAUGAGGUUCAUACUCUAGGAGAAUUGUUGAGAUCUAUCACUGGGGCUUAUCCUAUCGAAAGGAGCUUUAUACUAAAAUUAUUGCUUCAUUCGUUGCCCUCCUUGCAAUGUAAUUCACCUCUAAUCUCACAAGUUGAAAGCUUCUUGAAUUCAGAUAACACAAACGUCGAAAUUGUCGAUAUCCAUACAAUUUUUAAUGAAGAGGUUCCAAAAAUAAUCCAACAUUGCACAUCAUUGGAAACUGAGGAGAAGAAGUCGAUCUGUGAUUCCAUCAUUGAAUCGGUGAACAUCAAUGCAAUUAGCUAUGAAUUUGAUGAUUUGCAGCAACCAUUUGAGUCUUUUUUUAAAAGUCUAGUGUACAGGCUCAAUUCCGAGUUUAGAAGAUUUGAACUAACGGAUGAAUUACUUAAUUGCAUAAAAGAUUCUAAAAGUUCCAGUUUGAAUUUACUGAACUGGAUUGAUGGCUUUUACGAGCCUUUGAAAAGGCUAAACUCUAUUAUUGAUACGUCAUACACUCUUUUGGAUUAUGAGAAACUACAUUCCGUUGAUGACAACAUCCAAUUAAUGACUGCUGAAAUUGAAAAAGGUUAUGACAACAAUAUUAUUAGAGAGAUUCUUAUCCCAUACUUUGCUUACAUUGGCCCUGAUGCAUGGGAAUCGUUUAAUACAUGGUUGAUGAGAUUUGGUCUGAAAAUUUCGUCUGAAAAAGAUACUAAUGCUGCAAAAUAUAAUGUUUUGCGAAAUUUACUUGAUAAUGAUGAUCUUCUUCGACAUUUAGAUAAACAAGCUUCAGCAGUCAAAGUCAAAUUUACCAAAUACAUUCUUUCCACGAUUUUCUUAUCUCCUGACACCAAUUUAGAAUUUUUUUUGGCAUCAAAAGAGAUAUUGGUUCUUUUGAACUCUCUUAAGUUAGAGGAUGGUGAGCCUUUUGAUAUCACUUCAAUAAAUACAAAGAGUUUUCAAGAUGUUUCUCGGUGCUUUGAAGCUAGUCACGCUGCCAUUUCCUCUCUGAUUGGAGUCAUUGAGGUUGGUGAGAUUCUAUACUCCAAUAAACUAUCUUUGAUUGACAUUGUUAAACUAGAAAGUUCAGAGAAAACCAUCCAGAAAGAACAGUUAAUUAAAUAUAUCAGCACUGAAAUAGGAUAUGAUACAAAGUAUGGCAAGUGUCAGUUGUUCCUGUCCUCAAUAAACUCAACUUUGAGAAAAACUAAUGUCUUCAAUAAGAUCUCCAACGAAGAACUGAAUGAAGUCAUACUACAAAAAAUGCUUGAAAUGAAACAAUUUCAAAUAAUAUCGCAAGUCUUUGGUAAAGAAUGCACCCAACUCGAAAAUGAAAAGUUUAAUAAUUUAGUUCUAAAACAAUGUUGGGCUCUUUAUAACAAUGCAUCUAACUGUGAUCCGAAAAUUGGUUCUUUGAGAGAAUGUGUGGAAUGCUUACAGUUAUUAGAUGAAAAUCUUAGUAAGGUUAAAAGACUAAAUGCAUUAAUUAAAGCGAAUGAAAGAAUUUUUGAGUGGAAAUUUUACUUUGAACCCAAGGUACCAAUCACACCAAAGAGAGUCCUUCAGUGCAAUAAUCCCCUUUUGAUAAUAAGACGUAUUCUCGAACUAAAUGAUGAUGCAUAUCUGUAUGCGGGAGAUUUGUACUACUUAGUAGUAUUGUUGAUAGACGGAUUUGAUGUCGUUGAACAAAGCCCAUUAUUCAAACAUAAACAUAAGUCGUUUGAUGACGAGUCCAAUUUGUUAGUGUACAAAAUCAAGCUUUUAUGUUUGGAAGUUGCAUCUGUGCUAGAUUAUAAUUACUCAUUUCAAACAGCAUUCGCCCUUGUCUCUAAUGCAUCACUUUAUAAAUUUGAAAUUGAAGGUUUGUUCGACCUUGUUAGUGAGAAUUGGUUUACCUUUUUCCAACUGUCGAAGAACGAGUAUGAAGGCAUUUCAGAUCUUAAGGCUUUGAACGAAAAGCUUAAGUUACUGGGUCAAGUAUUACUGAUUGCCCCUACAGAGUACAAUUCAAACGUGCUAGAACAGUGGCAGAUGUUAAGAUCUCAUAAAUCACAAUUGAUUCAAUCCCAGGAACUGGAAAUCCAAUCCAAACUGAGACAUAAGAAUGUAAACCUCUCGUUAGGUGAUGUUCAAUCCAGAUUGCAGAAAUCCUUGAAAUCUUCAGCAGAUGAGCUACUGAAUACCAACGGCACAGAAAUAGGCAAAAGCAUUGUUGGUUGGAUCGUGGGUGCUAAUUAA